AUGUCUAAGCCGACUCUGGGCGGAGCCAUUGCCCCUACGACAGCUGCAAAGUCGACCAAAGUGCAACGAGUAGACGACAAAGCCUACGUCGUCGACUUGGCCCCGGCAUUCAAUAUUGGUACCGUACCCAACGGCGGCUAUGUCGCAGGACACUUUCUCGCCGUGGCACUCACACAUGUCGCCAAAUACGGGCACCGCAACGUUAUAUCCGCGCAUUGGGAUUUCCUGAACCGGUCCCAAGCCGGGCGCGCGACCAUGCUCGUUGACGAGGUCAAGAUUGCGCGCAACAUGUCCGUCCUGCACAUUGCGCUGUACCAAGACGGCCAGCUGACCGAGGCGCCCUGGGUCUCCCCGGACGCCCGCCGCGUCGUCACCGCCUCCGUCACCUGCCGCGACAUGGCGACCGAGACCGGCCAGUCGCUGGACGGCGAGUGGCGGGAUGCAUACCCCCCCGCGCCGGCCGAUCUGCAGCGCCUGCCGCUCGGACAGGACCCCGGCUGGGAGCUCUACACCAACGCCAAUUUUCGCCCCAACCGGCACUGGAACACCUACCAGCAGAGGACGCACGCGACGCCGGUCGGCAUUCGUGACUUGUGGAUGGAGCACAAGUCGGGCGAGCCGAUCGAGAACCUGGACUUGGCGUACCUGGCCGACAUCACGCCCGCCAUUGGCCUCUUCAGCCUGCAACACGCCCCGGCCGCGCAGACGCCGCCGGGCGUCGUCUUUUGGUAUCCGACGCUCAACAUCCACAUGGAUUUCAAAAAGAGCCUGCCUGCCGAGGGCGCCCGAUGGCUCCGCCUGCGCACGUCGAUUCGCAGCGCCAAGAACGGCCGCUACGGCUGCGACGUGGACAUUUUCGACGCCGACGGGGACGUCGUCGCCCAGGCUCGACACGUGGCCAUGAUUGUGGACAUGUCGCGCAACACGGCAAGCCGGAGUACCUCGAAAUCGAUCAAGCUGUGA